AUGGGCGGACGCAACAGUUUGGCCUGGGCGUCAGGGCGACCCGGUACGUUGAGAUCAUUGACCAUCGUUGACACCGGGCCGGAGACGCAACGGCGUGGCUCAAACCGUAUCCAGCAGUUCCGCGAACUCCCAGACGAACUGGACACUCUGGAAGAGUUUGCCCAGCGGGUCAUGGAAUACACCGGCCGUACCCGGGAACAGACGCUGGGCGCUUUGAAGUACAGCAUCAGGCAGCGCGACGACGGGAAGUGGACGUGGAAGUAUGACAAAGUCAUACGCCGGCAGGGUUUUCGCGCGCCGGCCUGGACUUCCGAGCAACUCUGGGCUGGUUGGCGCAAGAUCGACUGCCCAGCCUUGGUGGUGCGCGGAGCCCGCAGCGAUAUAUUCGCUGAUGAGACGAUGGUGCGGAUGGCUGCAGAGCAUCAUGAUUGCACCACGGUUACCGUCGCGAAUGCCGGCCACCUCGUCCAGGGCGACAACCCCCCGGACUUCCUCAAGGCCGUGAAAGGUUUGUUGGGCCGUUGCGCUUAG